ACACGUGUCAACCACACACACACACACGCACGCACAAACACAAGCACACAUACACCACUCUUGCUUACCAAAUAUAGAUGGUGAUGCGCUUCGUUAUCGUUGCUCUCGCUCUUGCUGCCCUUUUCGCUGCCGCCUCGGCAACUACGGACUCGCUCAUGAUAGAGUACAAGGAGCUGCUGCUCUCGGGCGAGUGCGAGCAGUUUGGCUCGUUGUGGACGGAUGAUGGAGUGAUCUACGGUCCGCAGGGCAAUGCCUUUACUGGCCCGGCCACCAUCGCUACCUUUUGCUCUCAGUACACCUCGUUUGCAAAGCUCGGCGCGUACUCGUACCAGUCCGAGUUCAUCUACAACGGCGAGACUCGCGCUCUGGCAAAGUACCUUGUCUCCAUUAGCCCCGCCGGCAAGGAGCUCAUCGCCACCGGCUACAACACCUACUCGAUGAUUGCAAACGCUACCGCGCCCCAUGGCUUCCUCUUCACCGAGGUCACCGGCUUUGGCGAGAACAUUGCCUACCCGUAGCUGCGGCCUGGCCCGUCCAUGUAGAACGGCC